AUGGUUUUUUCUUGCGUCACAAGAAACAUGUUCUCGGUUCUUCAUCUUCUCGCCCUCGUUCUCAUAUCAAUCACCCCUUUGUGUUCAUCUUAUACUCCAAGUGACAAAGUCACAAAAGAAUUAGUCGUCCAACUCUGCUCAAAACCGACACUUUACAAAAACUUCUGCAUCGCUUGGCUGUUCUCCGACCCAAAAACAUUAACCCUCGACUUACACGGUCUUCUCGGUAUGGUCAUCGAAAAGACCCAAGGGUUUGGGUUCAGGACCAUAAAGUUGACGAAAGGUUUAGUGAACACCACAACUGAUCCAAAUCUCAAGAUGAUAUAUGGGUCUUGCUUGACAGAUUAUGAACAAUCCACUAAAGGGAUCGAGAUAGCAAAAGGAUAUGCCAGCUCCAAGGUAUAUUUCUCAGCAUUUAUGGCGGCUUAUAAAGCGAUGAUGGCUAUAUCUGAUUGUGAAACCUUGAUUGAAGCACAGCCAAUACCUGCUUAUUUUUCGCGUCGCGUUGUGAUGUUUGAAAGAAUGUGUAGCACUGGUAUGGUUUUCUCCAAAGUUUUGAAAGAAGGAAAAUAG